CUGGGAAACAAACACGCUUCAAUUGGCGCGUACCUCGACUCACAGCGCAUUUUAGCAAAGGCCCUAAAGCCCUUAAAACUUCUCCUAAUUUAACUGCGGUUCUUCAAUUUUCUGCUGAUUUUCCAUCUCUCAGUGAAAUAUUCUAAGUAUAUAAACAUCAUCUCCAACUCCAACAACCUCGCACUCACCUACUUCCUCGUCAGCUUCGCCUCAAUUUCAAACCCUUCUCUAAAUCUCUCUCCAGGCUCACUAUGAGCGUGACGUUGCAGUCGUUCUCGCUCUUAAACCCUAACCCUAGCUGUGGCUCGAAGAAGCCGGCUCCGCUGGCCUUGUGUUCAUCACCUUCGUCUUCUCUGCGGUUCGGUCAAUUGACUGGAGCUCGCGGUUAUGGAGCCCCUAUUGUCCUCCCAAAAGGGCUUAGCGGUGCUUAUCUUUCACUGCACCGACGGAGCUUGUGGACUCGACCAAUUGUCGCUGCCGCUGCUUCACAGGAGGAAUCGCAUCCAGAGAUUGAGGUGGAGAAAGAAAAGGAUACUGCCAAAUUGAAAUCUGAAGAAUCAGAAGAAGCUUGGAAACAGACUCUGGCCGCUUUCAAAGAACAAGCCUUAAAGAUGCAAGGCAUCUCACAGGAAGCAUAUGAGUUAUACUCUAAGAAGGCAUUAGUUAUUUUGAAAGAAACUUCAGAGCAGUUAAAAAUACAGGCUGAUAAGGCAAGGAUUGAUUUGAGUGAGAUAGCAAAAGAAAUCAGUGAAGAAGGUAAAGAAUAUAUAUCCACAGCUGCAAAGAAUUCCCCCGAGCCAGUGAAGGAAAUUGUUGAAACAUUUAACUCAUCAGCUGAUGAUCUGAAUGAUGUUUCAAAAGUCCGCGACUUUCAUGUUGGGAUACCUUAUGGUCUUCUUCUUUCACUUGGUGGCUUCCUUUCCUUUAUGGUAACGGGAAGCAUUUCUGCAAUUAGGUUUGGGGUUAUCAUUGGUGGCGCUCUUUUGUUUUUAAGCGUUUCAAGUUUAAGAUCAUAUAAGCAAGGAGAAUCAUCUCCUUUAACCUUGAAAGGGCAGGCAGCUAUAGCCAGUAUAAUUUUUCUGAGGGAGGUACGCUUGCUAGCUCAGAGGUCUUCAUUUCCGAAUUUGACAACAACCCUUGUCAGUGGAGCAGUUGUAGCUUUCUACGUCUAUAAGAUUGUACAGAAUCGCAAACAUCAAAAGGGCUCCAACUUUGAGAAGGAGACGGAAAUUUAGAGCGUGUGCAAGCAAAGCAAAAGUAACCUUCACCAUGCAAAACAGGCUGAGGAUAUUCUGCUGAACGGCAGUAGCUUGUGUGCUUGAUGCUGUUGGGAAUGAGGCAAGAGAACUUGGGCACACGUCUUUUUCAUUUUUCACUUUGUAAUAUGGUGUUCUUGCGUCCCUUUUGGUGUUAGAUAUGAUGCUGCAACUAGUCGAUUUGUCUUUUCACUAUUUUUCCCAUGCACCUACCUACCUCUGUUCAAAGUUCAGACUUGUAUUCCCAUUUCCUUCCCAAAAAAGAAAUAAAAAUAGUUGUAUUGUCAAA